AUUUCUGUACCAAAAGUGGUAACCCCGAGCUACACUCGGGCUUACCAUGCGGCGCUGCAUAGGGAGUCCCCUGCAGCACUUACCUUGUCCUUCGCUCCCACGAUGUGUCCCCUGCAGCGUCCCCGGCCAUCUCCUCUGGCUGAUGCCGGCAUCUGGCUCCUGUGUUCCGGUCCCUGUGGAUGUACGGGCGCCGGCGGCAAAUUUGAAAAUUUAAAAAAAAAUGUCAUUUUUUUCAAAACGAUUUUAUAUAUGCUCUGUCAUGUGCCCUGUCUGCAUUUUUACUGUUCUUUC